AUGUCUACUUUGGUAGUAGCCGAGCAUGACCAAUCACAGGUCUCCAGUGCCACGUUGGCCACGAUUACAGCUGCCUCACAGAUUGGUGGAGAUAUCACGUUAUUGGUCCUUGGCAGUCAGGCCGGCCCCGCCGCUGAAGCUGCUGCUAAAGUUGCCGGUGUAAAGAAAGUGCUGCAUGCUGCUGACCCCAAGUACGACCAUUAUGUGGCCGAGGAGGUGGCGGAGCUGCUGGUAGCUGCUCAAAAGGCAGAGAACUACUCGCACGUGCUGGCCCCAAGCUCCAAUGCCUCAAAGAACUACUUGCCCCGUGCUGGUGCCAAGCUUGACGUGGCUCCCAUCUCGGACAUUGUGUCCGUGGUUAACGAGGAAACUUUUAUUCGUCCUACAUAUGCUGGCAAUGCCAUUGCUCAGAUUAAGAGCAAUGAUGCAGUGAAGCUCAUUACGGUGCGUCCUACCGGUUUCAAUAAGGCUGCAGCCGAGGGUGGCAAUGCCUCAGUGAGCCCCGUACCAGAGGUUCCUACAGUUGGCAAGACUAUUUUUGUCUCCGAGGAGGUGAACAAAUCAGAGCGUCCAGACCUGGCUUCGGCUCGUGUGGUUAUCUCGGGUGGACGUGGUCUAAAGAGCGGUGAGAACUUUGAGAUGCUUUACAAAUUGGCCGACAAACUGGGUGGUGCAGUGGGUGCUUCACGUGCUGCUGUGGAUGCUGGCUUUGUACCGAAUGAGCUGCAGGUCGGACAGACGGGUAAGGUUGUGGCCCCAGAUCUGUACAUAGCUGCUGGUAUCUCCGGUGCCAUCCAGCACUUGGCAGGUAUGAAGGACAGCAAAACCAUUGUGGCUAUUAACAAGGAUGAGGAGGCCCCGAUCUUUCAAGUAGCAGACUACGGCCUCGUAGACGAUCUCUUUACUGCCGUGCCCAAGCUGACGGAGAAGAUCUAA